UGUAAAUAAACAAAUCCGUGCCUACAGGUAGAGUGUUAUUGCAAAAAUGUUAGGUCUCAAAGUGUUUUGAAUGGUUUUCAACAUUUAUAAAAUGUUGACCCCAUCAUUAUGCCGCUGCAAAUAUUAGAAUGACAAAAAAGAAGCCCUCGCCCCAAAAUCGCAUUUGGGAGAAGGAACGUCGCGAUCGGUUGAACCAAACCUUCGACAGUCUGUCGAAGCUGCUGCCAGAGUAUGAGCCAGCCACCCAGCUCAGCAAAAUUGAAAUCCUCCAGCGAACCAUCGAAUACGUGGAGAAGCUAGAGAACAAGAUCAAGGCAUCCCUGGAAGAGCGGGAUGCGCUGUUGAAAAAACAUGUCGAAGAAUUAGAAGAACGUCUGCAAGUGUUGAUCGCCAGGAAUGAGGAUCUUGCAGCAUUGCUGAAGAAAUCCAAUAUAAAUGUUCCUCCGUGCAAAUAUGCAGCGCCUGAGACGAAGGAAGCACCCGAGAAAAAGCGUGCGGAUGUCGCUUUUCAGGAGACAGUUGAAUCACCCAAGAAAUCUUCUAGAAAAAAUUUGGAUGAGGACUCGUCGGAGAAAAAGGCAGAACAGAUCGUCCCCGUUUCAACAGAUUCUGUGAUAAAAAGCACUGCUUCUAGUACUGGAAUUGUUUCGUCUAGAGUAGUCACGAUUUCCUGCGACACAGUUGCGGUAACGUCUGCUGCAGCCUCAAUUGUUGUUGCUAGCCUUCCUAAUACCUGUUUUGUAAUGUCCAACAACCAAAUCCUGGGGACACUGAAGCAGACCAGUGGUGUGAACGUUACCUCGGCGCUGCUUUCAACGCCCAUAAUGGCCACCGGAAUGCUGAUAUCCAACAACGGGAACGUUCUCCAGAUGCCUAUCGUUCCACCUUCGUCCUCGCUACUGAUCGUGAGCAAUGAAGAUGUGCGAGCUAAGGUAUGUAUGAAAAAGACCCGCGCAUCUUCGGCGAAGGACUGUCCGAAGGCUAAAUUGUCUCGCAAAGGGAAAUUUACCAUCAAAUCGAUCGAUAUAAUCCCCGGACGGAUAGUGAAUGGGAAGAUUCCGAUACCACCGCUCAAAAGAACACCGCUGCUCGAGAUGAAGAAUGUGAGGAAAGAGGGACGGAAGAAACGAGUGAAACGGAAGGUGGUUGAACAUGAGGAAAUCGAUCAUUGUGAAUCAAAGAAAGCUAAACUGGAUGAAGGUGGAAAAAUUGUGGAAACCUAUCCUAUUUCGGAAACUGGCUCGGAAUUGAUGUCACAAAAAUCUGUUGAGGUGAAUCAAACUUCAAAAGAUAGUAAUGCAAAUAUCGGAAGUGAAGAAAAUCAAAUCGAGGAUCAAGCAAAUUCUUUAGACAUGAAUCUCAAUCAAGGCGAUUUAUCGGCCGACAUUUUUGCCAAUCUCCAAGUUCCCGACGACGUGUCGGGGAACAACCAAGGAUCACUAUCCCCGACAGCGGCUUAUCUGAUGAAUUUUCCUCUAGUUGCGACAGGAGGAAAGGCCAGUGGAAUUCAUGUUGAUGUGCCUAUUGACGAAGAGGUAGCGGACGACGCAGAAAGCGAUAAAAAGACACAUCCUCCGCAAAGCAAUGACAAUAACCUGUUGCUGGACAAUUUUUCGUCGUAUUUUACGCCGAAUGUCUAUGGCGUUUUAGAUAAUCCAUUGCAGACAAAUUUAGAUACAGUAGUAUCUUCGGUAGUUACUUCGACAAACUUUUCCACAAUCUAUCAGUCUAUAGACAGCAUGUUGGACCAUAAGCCGUCCAAACAAGUGAAUAAUUCCGAUUGUAAAUAUAGCACCACGCCCUUCACUUUCACGUUAACAUCCACCAGCGCAAAGUUCUCAACACAAACGUCUCAUGACUUCAGACAUUCUACGUCAUCUACCUAUUUCUAUGGCACCACAACAACUGCGAAACCGGCUGAUGAUUAUUGCCUUUUGAAAGCACCUAUAGCAAGUGAGUUCACAUUUUCCUUAACAAGUACAACUUCAAGUGCUCCCAAGACCGUUCAAUCGCAAUACACAAACAGCAUCAUUUGCUCGUCGACCAUUACCACACCUUCCUACAGUACAUACGGAUUUAACCCAAAAAAUAACAGCAAAGUGGCAAGUUAUAAUUCCAAUUAUAUUCCUGAAAGCGAAACGCGCACUCCCAAAAAGUAUGACUUUUUGGAAACGGAGAAACCUGCGACCAGUUUUACGUUUUCGUUGACAUCAAGCACGAAUACGCUACCCAAGUACACAUAUCCAUCUAAUGCUAUCACAUCAGCAGCGCCCACUAUCCAACACACAAUAUCUACUCUGACAUCAUCCUGCUCUCAAGUCGAGGAUUGUUUGUAUAAAACAAAUAAACCCGCUAAUCCCGAUUAUAGUCUGUAUAAAACACCUCCAAAGCAAAAAUCGCAUCCGUUCCCAGUUGUUUCAAGUGCACAGUCCACUUUUCAAACCCAUAAUAACGUUCAAUCACAAUCUAAGUAUGACAUCAGUUGGAUGGCAUCACAAGAUCCAAAGCCAAUCACGAACCAAGACUAUGGUCAAGUCGUUCCAACGUUCGAUUUCAACACCACACAAACCCACUCUUAUCAGACAAAUUUCGAUCUGAGUCGAAAAUCGGAUAUAUUCUUCGCCCAUCCAAGUGGCGAAGAUAACCUCGCUUCUUGGUCUCCCAACAAAUUGACCAACAUCCUCAACGAUACGUCAUCGUCAUACUUCCCAUCGACUGCCUCCACUCUACCCAAUCUCAACGGAGACUUGGCAUUGAACAUCAUCCCCAAUUGUCAGUCAGCAUCCGCCAAAAACUCAACUCAACAAAAAGUGCACGAUUCCGGGAGCACAUUCCUUUCGGUGCAGCAAUUGGUCGAUCAACCUCGGAAGAAUACCACCACCAAGAGCUACUCCAACAGUUGCGCUAACUUUACCUCCACCCAGAAACCUCUGAACAAUAACUACUCGGCGGAGGCGCUAAUCGCUGCUCCCAGUAGUAGCUCAACAAAGAAAGAUAAAUACUUCAACGAUGCGAGCUACAAUAACUACAGUGCGUACAACAACGAACAAGCUUCCGGUGGGACUUCCGGCAUCGGCUUCAACUUCGACUACGGCACGGAUUACAACAAAAAUUACAACUACAGCUGUCAGCAAAAUUACAUGCCUUCUCUGAUUGAUAACAGUUACAAUAUAUCCACACUUUCGGCUCCGGUGGUCACAACAACCUCUUCGAUCGCCACCUAUUCCAGCUACGUUAACACACCAUCGGAGAAGAAACAAUCCAGCAGCUACUACCAGAACAUAAGUUACCAAACAAGCCACGCUUCGGACAUUCCGUACUAUGUUCCAUCCAGCGAGAAACGAAACCACAACCACCAGCAGCCUGCAUCGGCUGCACCAACAAACAAAUCCAAGAAACACCACGUUAAACCUGCAUCUUCGAGCGAAUAUAACCCAUCUUUGCCGACCGUUCCAUCUACCAGCUCCAACUAUUUCCCCGCGAUUAUUCCAACACCUUCCGCUAUCACCGAUGACCCGCUCUGUUUCAACACAGCUUUCGGUUUCAACCCAUCCUCAACCGCGGGAAAGAGCUCUGUUCCCUCCAGAAGCUACCAUCAAUCGUACCCAAACUAUUCCUUUGGAAAUGGCAAUCAGCCGGCCUACCCAACUAACAGCAGCAGCAGCAGUCAACCGACUGGUGCAAGCGGCGGCGGCGGUAAUUCGUUGACGAAUUUUAACCUUAGCAGUAUUUGUCCGGAGAUCAACGAGAAGAGUGGUGGUGGUGAUGGCGGCGGUUCUACGACGACGGGAUCCUCGAGACAUGCCAUAGCCGGUGGAGCCUGCUGGUGACGAGGCUAAGCUUGGCUUGCGUUUUUGUAAAAAU